GACAGCAGAGUAUUCAUGUCAGUCAGACAUGAAUGAGUAGAGUCAGAGUGAAUACGGGUCAAUUCUCUAGUUCACGUUGUUGAAGUAAAUAGGUGUUAUUAGUGUGUUAUCUUGUCACAGUGCAGCUUCACCCAUUUGAUGUCCUGGAUCCAGCUGCCGUAACGCAUUCUACUUACGGAACAGAUUUAAUUACUGGCUGGUAAGUUAUUUCAAAAGCAAGGAAGAUCUUCUGUCCUUCAUGGACUGCAAAUCUCUGUGAUCACCUAAUUACCUACCACAAAGAAGCUUAACCGGUGCCAUCAGUGCAAACAUGGAAUCGAAUAGAGAGGUGGACAAACAGACAGACAUUAAAACAAAGGCAGAAAUCAGGAAUGUACGUAUCUUGAAAGUGCUCUUAGUUGUGUUGUCGUCGUCGUGUCUUGUUGCGGCUGCCAUCAUCCUGGGAGCUUAUUUUGGGAUACGUGGAUCUCAAAAAGAUCUCCUACCUCAGCAACGCAUGAUGAUGAAAACUUCAACCUGCGCACAUGGGGAUUAUAUCUGCAACAAUGGCCAGUGCCUUACCAAGAUCAACCCAGAGUGUGACAACGUAAUUGAUUGCUUGGACCAGUCAGAUGAGAAGGAAUGCAACUGUGGUACACGCCAACUAUCCAACAGAAUUGUGGGGGGCGUAGAUGCUACUGAGGGUGAGUGGCCCUGGCAAGUCAGCUUGCGUUUUUUUGACAUUGAACAUGACUGUGGGGCCACACUUGUGUCAGACACCUGGCUGAUUUCAGCUGCUCAUUGUUUCUACAGUUUUCCACAUCCAGGCUUUUGGGAUGCAGUUCUGGGAACCAUCUAUUCAGACGGUCAACAUGCUACAGCAGUGACAAGGAGUAUAAAGGAGAUAAUUUUUCACCCCUUAUAUAACCACAGUAUCCUUGACUAUGAUGUGGCUUUAUUGAAGUUGUCUAGUCCUGUAACAUUCUCCAGAUUUAUCCAGCCUGCCUGCCUGCCAUCCCCUGUACACGUCUUCCCCGCAGGAAAGAACUGCACUGUUACAGGAUGGGGAGCCCUUAAUGAAAACGAUGAAAAUAUACCCAGCGUUCUCCAGGAAGCCCGUGUCUCACUAUUCAAUAUGAGCGAAUGUGCCGAACUCUAUGAGGACCCUAUAACACCACAAAUGAUUUGUGCUGGAUUCUCAGCUGGUGGAGUGGACGCUUGUCAGGGUGAUUCUGGUGGCCCCUUGGUGUGUGAGGAAUCACCAGGCAGAUGGUUCCUGGCUGGUAUUGUGAGCUGGGGAGAUGGUUGUGCCCGACCAAACAAACCUGGUGUCUACACAAGAGUGACGACAAUCCGGGACUGGGCCUUGCAGACGAUGUCACAGUCGAAAGUAAUUACUCCUACAACUGAGACCAAAAGUGAACAAACCAUUUCAAUGAAAAAUAGGACCUUGACCUCCACCUUAGCAGUAGAGACAGCAGUUUCAGAGGUUCGUUGUACAGACUCUACUUACAAGUGUUCUGACAAUAGUUGUAUCAAUAAACACAACGCAGAGUGUGAUGGUGUCAGAGAUUGUACUACAGGUUCUGAUGAGUUAAACUGCAAUUGCGGAUCUACACCUCUAAAGGUCAACACGAAGAUUGUGGGUGGAACAAACAGCAAAUUUGGACAGUAUCCCUGGCAAGUCAGUCUACAUCUGAUGUGGAAAGGGCACAUAUGUGGAGGAACGCUGAUCUCUUCCAAAUGGGUGGUCACUGCUGCCCACUGCUUUGUAGGUCAGAAGAAUCCAGUUUAUUGGUUUGGUUACCUGGGAACAAUAUAUAUAACAGGAUUUCGAGGCACCAAAGUAACCUUCAAAAACAUUAUCAGGCACCCAGACUUCAAAGACUUCAAACUGGAUUAUGAUAUUGCCCUCAUGGAACUAUCCUCACCUGUUAAAACUGGCCCGACCAUUCAACCUGCCUGUCUACUCUCAUCCUCCCAAAGGAUUUCCAGUGGAAUGUCAUGCUUUAUUACAGGCUGGGGCCUUAGAAAAGAAGGGGGUCAUUUGUCAAGCGUGCUGCAGAAUGCCGAAGUGGAAAUCAUUAGUGACUCCUUGUGUCAGAGACUAUAUGGUGGUCAAAUCUCUCCCAGAAUGCUCUGUGCUGGAAAAGUGACUGGAGGAGUGGACUCAUGCAAGGGAGAUUCUGGUGGUCCACUUGUUUGCAGGGAAUCUUCAGGAAAGUGGUUCCUUGUUGGAAUUACAAGUUGGGGAGAAGGCUGUGCAAGGGUAAAUGCACCUGGCGUCUACAGCAACGUCAAAGUCCUUCAAGACUUCAUUGUAAAACAUGCUUUCUGAAAGCUGAAAGGACCUGCCAUUAUUUCUGAUUCGCCAGAUGCAUUGAAUUUUGAUACUGAACAUUUGAUUUCAACUGGGGCUGUGGGACUUGAUUAAUUCUCUUAACUUUUGAUAUCCAGCGAUCAGCUCUCGCUGCCUUCAGUUUCUCCACUGUUUCACUUGCGAAUGGGUAUAUGGAUUUUAUUGAACUAUAAUAUACAUGAAGGUGAUAUACUGAUGUUCUUUAAACUGUGUUUAUACCUUGUGACUCUAACAAACCAAAUCAAAUAAUGGAUAUUGUAUUAAAUACUAUGAAUUAAUGCAAAAUGACUCAGAGAUGUCCUUUGUCAUUUUGGACCUAAGGUAUCUGUAAAUGUUUCAGGGUGAGUAGGUCCAAGGGCAAAUGUUAGAAUAUAGGGGUAAUCCAUAUUUAAUCUAUUCUCUGCACUGCACAAACAUUAAGAUCUCCUUAAGGUAGCUUUUCUGAAGAGUCUGGGUGGAACAGAAAAUCUGUGAUAGUCCACUCCCAAAAAAACAAAAACUAGAAUUUUGUUUUCUUGAUAUAAUUGAAUAAAUAUUUAAUGUGGA